UGAAGAUGCCCCCCGCACUAUAGCUAUAAUAUGUACCUCCUAGGUACUUCUUAAUCCGACGUGGGGGACUCCCUCUCCCACUUAGAUUUAGGAUAGCUUGGUAAAGAUCACGAAUGAAAAUUAAUUCUUAUCAACUACCUCACUUUUAGAGAAUGGGUUAUCCACAUUUCGCACCAACGCUCCUCUGGAAUCUCUCUCUCCCAAGCGAACUAGGCGUAAAGAAGCCGGCAGAUAUUUUUGCCUUCUCCCUAGACGAUAAGUUCCUUUUUACUUUACAUGAAGAUCAGGGUGGUAUAUUGUGGGAUCUUACUGCUACUUCUUUGCCUCGAAAGCUCGAAUUCGGUCAAGAUAAUCCUAGCUCAAAUCAUCGUAUCAGGGCUGCUACACUAGACGCAAAUGGAGGACUCAUAAUAGCUUUUGGUCUCGCCCAUCCUGCUGAAUAUUAUAGUAUUCCUAAAGAUGGCACAAUAUUAAAAUUGUCAGAGUAUGUUCUUCCAGUGGCGAACGACGUCAAAGUUUCAAGAGAUAGCAAGGUAUUCGCGCUCACGACGGGGACUACCGUGGAGCUAUGGGAUGCACAUAAGUUUCAGAGGCUUAGAGUUCUUAUGUCCAAUGUUGAAAUCCAAACCCCGUUUGAAAAGGUCGCACUCUCUCAGGACAAUAAAUAUGCUGCAACAAUCGAUUCCGAAGGUCGAUUCUUCGUUUGGGGGUUGGACAAUGAUUUCUACAAGGUCUCGCAGAAUAAGGGGGUUGGCAUAGACCUAGGGCAAGGAUGGGUCCCAACGAGUAUUGGCUUAAGUGAACAGAAUAUCGUGAUGGCUACUCUGAAAAAGGAAACGACUUCGGGCCAAGACUCCUGGAUGUUAAUGUCGUGGGGUUAUAAAUACGACGGGCCCGACAACACGCUAUAUGCUAGAGAAUAUCCAAACUACGCGCUAACUUGCGUUGCGCCCAGCACCGUGUUCAGUGUCUCUCUAACGCCCGAGGGUCAUUUGAGAGGGAGCGACAGCAUGCUCUGGCCGCUCUUCUCGACUGAGCAGGGCGCCAGUAAGAAGGGCAAGGUGGUAUCGUGUGGAAUAUCAGAAAGUAGUAAAGUCUUCGCCGCAGCCCGGACUAACGGUCGCGUAGCUGUAUGGAGAUUAUAUACUAAAGACGCGGAUCCUAACGAGCGAUAUCCCGGAUAGAGCUAUUAGGGGUGUUGCUAUACGUACCUUCUAACAAUCAGAUGCACCGCCUGUCUAGCUCAUUACUUUG